CCACCUCAACACUACUACUCUACCACAGUAGAGGACCACCUCAACACUACUACUCUACCACAGUAGAGGACCACCUCAACACUGCCGUUCUACCACAGAUGACAUCUUUGGCUUUGUGCCAGAGCAACUAAGGAGGACUGAUGCUUCGCUUUAACAAAACAGCGGUUCUGGCCCUCCUCAUAGCUACCAGCUCUGUUUUCCUCCUAUUUCAGCUCUAUCACUACAGACAGCACGUCUCUCAGAAUGGACCACAUAUCUUUGGCAGGACAGUUCAUCUGUCAGGAAAGGAUACUCAAUGGCAGGUGGUGAAGAAGUUCAUGGGUCUUGUCCAUAAGUACAACAUGCCAGUGUUCCUGGUGGACACAGCCUCCCUAGGCCUCCUCUCUCAGGACUCUAUGCUGCUGAGAGACAGCCUGGUUAAAGAACCCCACUGUACUUUCCUCUGCACUAACAGAGACGUCCUCACCUUCGCUCUGCUCAACAACCUUUGGAAAUACGACGCUGGUUUGGUGGCAGCAGCUGAAGAGAAGGGCUUUGAACUGUUGGAGGUGCGAGGGAAAGACCCUCGAUUGGUCAGCAUGGACGACCUAUCAGGAAACGAGAUCCCCCUCCACUUCCUGUUCCGUCUCCAAGGUUACGUGGUCCAUGUGGUGGUCCUGUACGAGCGCAGCGGGAACUACCUGUGGCAUGGUGUCCUGCGACUCAAACCAAACAUGGACAGGAAGUUCGCCCCCUUCAGAAGGCUGGACUAUGGCCGCAACGCUGGAGCCUAUGACAGGCCAGAGCUGGUACUGACCACCUUGGACGGGCUGGAUGUCCGUAUCCCCAGGAACAUCUCUGGAUUCCUGACUGAAUAUUCCCACGCUCGUUUUCUGGAGUGUAGAUACAGGGAUGCACGCUCCUUCUUCCAGCUGUACCCUGAUGACACGUCUCCUGAGGCAAUGAACUUCAGGAUGAAGGCUAAGGCGCUGCUCCACCUCGCUGCCAGGAUCCUCACUGAGCUCAGAGUCCCCUUCUGGCUGAGCAGUGGUACCUGCCUGGGUAAGACCCUACAUAACCCUAACCCUUCUGAUGCCCAGGUCCACAUCUUUACUCCUGGAACCGUCCUUCUAGGGUUAAUGUUAUCGUGUUAUGUGUCUGUGCAGGUGGAGGAUAGCCUGGAACUUUCCUUCCAGGGUUUGGAUGUUAAACUGGACAUUUUCUUCUUCUAUGAGGAAACAGACGUUGUGUGGAACGGAGGAACCCAAGCUAAGAGUGGGAAGAAAUUCAAGUAUGUGUUCCCCAAGUUUACGCUCUGCUGGACUGAGCUGAUGGACCUAAAGGUGCGUGUCCCCUGUGAGACGGUAGACUAUGUCUCAGCUAACUAUGGGCCUACCUGGAACACACCUGUAAAGACCUGGGACUGGAAGAGCUCUCCGCCCAACGUGCAGGACAACGGGGUGUGGCCUGUCAGGGAGUGGGAUGAGGUCAUCCAGGUGUACUGACAUAAUACUACACUACAUAUGAGUAGACUACAUUUGGAGUACACUUAAACCACACGGAAGAAAAUGGACUGAAACCGGGAGGGACUGUCGAUCUGGACUGUCGAUCUGGACUGUCGAUUUGGACCGUCGAUCCUGUCGUUGUACGUUUUGCUACGGCGUGCACUAUACGACCCUGAGUACACUCUUCCGGAGUACACUACCCCUGAAAACCCUACACCGAAGUAGCAACUUUAAAGACUACUACUAAGGGUGUGAGUCUGAACUGGUGGCUUACCAUUGGCUGGUGGCUUACCAUUGGCUGGUGGCUUACCAUUGGCUGGUGGCUUACCAUUGGCUGGUGGCUUACCAUUGGCUGGUGGCUUACCAUUGGCUAUUUGGUUGUAAACUGCAGACCACCAAUACUGGACUCUCUUCAUCCUUUGGACUGAAGCAACUGUCUAUUGAUAUGUACUGUGUGUUCCUUGUUUGAAAUACUGUAUUAUGUUGACAAAAACAUGUCACUGACAUUUACAUAGCUACUGACAUUACUACUAACAUAGCUACUGACAUUACCACUGACAUUACUAUUACUACUGACAUAGCUACUGACAUGUUGGGUAGGCCCAGGGUAAGACCAUAUUACGGCCUUGGUUACUUGAUAUCGUGUUAUUAUGGCCUUGGUUACUUGAUAUCGUGUUAUUAUGGCCUUGGUUACUUGAUAUCGUGUUAUUACGGCCUUGGUUACUUGAUAUCGUGUUAUUACGGCCUUGGUUACUUGAUAUCGUGUUAUUAUGGCCUUGGUUACUUGAUAUCGUGUUAUUAUGGCCUUGGUUACUUGAUAUCGGGUUAUUACGGCCUUGGCUACUUGAUAUCGGGUUAUUACGGCCUUGGCUACUUGAUAUCGGGUUAUUACGGCCUUGGUUACUUAUAUCGGGUAUUACGGCCUUGGUUACUUGAUAUCGGGUUAUUACGGCCUUGGUUACUUGAUAUCGGGUUAUUACGGCCUUGGUUACUUGAUAUCGGGUUAUUAUGGCCUUGGUUACUUGAUAUCGUGUUAUUACGGCCAUGCUUUCUUGAUAUCGUGUUAUUAUAGCUUUGGUUACUUGAUAUCGUGUUAUUAUGGCCUUGGUUACUUGAUAUCGGGUUAUUACGGCCUUGGUUACUUGAUAUCGGGUUAUUGCGGCCUUGGUUACUUGAUAUCGGGUUAUUGCGGCCUUGGUUACUUGAUAUCGUGUUAUUGCGGCCUUGGUUACAUGAUAUCGUGUUAUUGCGGCCUUGGUUACUUGAUAUCGGGUUAUUAUGGCCUUGGUUACUUGAAGUGCUAGGUGGUGGUGAUGACCAUGGACUCAACUUGAUUAUUGGGUGUCCCAAAUUGCACCAUAUUUCCUACAUAGUGCACUACUUUAGACCAGAGCCAAAAGUAGUGCACUAUAUUGGGAGUGGACAUUAUGUUCAUAUUGUAUAUAUUUUAUGCCUCUUGUGUUUCAGGAAUCAUUGAUUUGCCAACAAAAUUGUAUCUUACUUUCCUUUGGAUUGAGUUUUGUCAUCGUUGUUGAAGGGAACCAUGAUCAUGCUAGCCUGAGUUCUAGCCUGAGUGCCAGUCUGUCUGUGCUAUCAUGCCAACUCCUUGUCACUCAUUUAGCUUGACAAUGACCGCAUUGGAGUUAUCAAGAGAACAAACAGAUCUGGGACCAGGCUAUGCUCACCAGCUGACAACUCCAACUUUUAAAAUGAAUAAAAGCUUUGACAUGAUGAGA